AUCUGGGUUAAUAAUUGGUGCACACGCAGUAUUGGGCUUUUGGGUCGAGGCUAGGGGCGUGCAUCAUGAAUGUGUGAAAUCGAUCGACUGGCCUUCGCCCGUUCGGUUUUGGCCACUAGUACUACGGGAUGGUGGUGGAGACAGACGCGGAUCCGACCAAGGAUGCAUGUAAAUGCACCCAACGGUUUGCUAAAAUCUGGAGCCCUGCAGGCUCGUGGUUGUUUAGCUGUACUGUACGUGUGAGUAUGAGUAUUGGAUACAGCGCGGACGCACGAAACGAUUGCACUAACGCUCACUUUUUUUUUUAGAAUCACUAACACUCACUUUGGUUAACCAUCGAAGAACUAGAGGGGAAACGAGAAAACAUGAAUAAUGCCAUCCAUCCACGGGUUACGGGGCCUGGGCCUGGCUGACUGGCUAAGCAGGCCGAAAUUUUGCAGGAGGUCCAGCCAGGCCGAGGUUUUCAGAAAGGUAAGGUGAAGCAAUACAGAGUACAGACGCUGUUCAUCUUGAAUUCUCUGAAACAGCACUGUCAGACGACGGUUUUGUGCUCCAUCUUACAAGAGCUAGCAUGAAUCCGCCGCGCGCCGUUUGUGUUGUGUUGUUCACCACGGAGGAUAUAUGGAUGAACACCGUGCGUGCGCUAUCUGAAAGGCUAAUAAGGGUGGAACAACAUUCAGAGCUUAGUAGAUCGUGCCCGCCGGUUCAGACCGGAGCUGAAUGAAUGAAUCUAGCGCCUGUACCUGGGGUCCGUGUGUGCCGCUGGCGUCAACGGCGGCCUCAAGGACUAAUUGAUUGAAUUUACCCGUUGAAUUUAAUCUUGAGCAAGUUAGUUAGCACAUCAUGCAUGCAAUGAUCCUUCGUCGAUCCUGGUCCUGGCUUGUCCUCGGCUCUGGACUAGACUAUAUAUCGUUGUAGUGCGUACUUCAUCUUUCCCGGUCUUGUACUUGUGUUAGAUUGAACGAACGAAUUUGCUUCUGGUUACAAAUAGCGGCGUUCCUGUUAAAUUUCCGCCUGUCACCGUCUUCUGCUCCCCAUACUGCUCCUGGAGCCUAUGGCGUCUCCUCAAGUCCUCAUCUGAUCACGCAUUCUUCUUCCUGGGUCUCGACUCCCCAGUGUUACGGCCCCGCCGGCGGCGGUCUCCAGCGCUCCGAUAUGAUGGCAGCCGCCGCAGCGCAGCCGGACCUGGGCGGCUUGGUGGACGCGCUCUGCGCGUCGGGCCGCUCCGCCGAGGCGCACCGCCGCGUCGCGCUCCUCCUCUCCUCCUCUUCCCGGCACCUGGACGGCCGCACCGCCAACGGCCUCCUCCGCCGCCUCCUCCGCGCCGGCACGCCGCUCCUCACACUCCGCCUCCUCCAGGCCGCCGCCGGCGCCGCGCCGUUCGCCGUCUCCCUCCCCAACCACAACCGCCUCCUCGCCCACCUCUCAUCCUCCUCCUCCGCCGCCGCGCCAUGGCCUCUCCUCCUCGCGCACCGCCACCUCCUCCGCAUGCGCGCGCCCCCGGACGCCGCCUCCUACGGCGCGCUGCUCGGCGGGUACGCGUCCCUCGCCGACGCCCGCGCCGUCCAUAACCUGCUCGACGAAAUGCCUCGCCGGGACCUGGCCCCCAGCUCCCUCGCGCGCAGCUUCCUUAUCAAAGCAUUCCUCCGCGGCCGCGACGUCGCUGGCGCCAUGGACCUCGCCGAAACCCAUCUCUGGCCCGCCACGGAGCGCACCCGCGGCGACGAGGAGGACCAGGGGACCAAGAACGCGGCGUUCGCGCACCUCCUGCAGAGCCUGUGCGCCGAGGGGUUCUUCCACGUUGUCUUCCACGUCGCGGACGAGAUGCCGCAGCGACGGUGCCGCGUGCCUGACGAGUUCGUCUACGCGCAGAUGGUCGACUCGCUGUGCCGGGCUGGGCAGCACCAUGGCGCGUCGAGGAUAGUGUACGUCAUGGGGAAGAGGGGUGUGUGCCCGAGCACCGUGUCCUACAACUGCAUUGUUCAUGGGCUGUGCACCAGUCAGAAGCCCGGGGGACGCCUGAGGGCGUACCAGCUGGUGAUGGAAGGUGUCCAUUUCGGGUAUCGGCCGAGAGAGGUGACGUACAAGGUACUCGUCGAGGAGCUCUGCCGGGAGAAAGAGGUCGCCAAGGCUAAGGAUGUCCUGGAGCUGAUGCUGCAGCCUCAUUGUGCUUAUGACAAGCCUGAUGAUGAGACAAGGACCAGGCUAUACAAUAUGUUCCUUGGGGCACUGCACGCUGUGGAGAACCCAAGCGAGCAGCUCGGUGUGCUCAUGUCUAUGCUGCAGGAGGAAUGCGCCCCAGACGUGAUCACCAUGAACACUGUCGUCCAUGGCUUCUGCAAAGUUGGGCGGGCCCAGGAGGCCAGAAGGAUAUUGGACGACAUGAUUAACGGCAAAUUCUGUCCUCCUGAUGUUGUCACCUUCACCACCCUCAUAUCUGGAUACCUGGAUGUAGGUGAGCAUGCAGAAGCCCUCAAUGUGCUGCACACUUUGAUGCCCAGGCGCAGGUGCUCCCCUAAUAUUGUCACCUACAAUUCUGUCCUGAAGGGACUGUUUUGCCUUGGGCUAGUUGACAGUGCGAUGCAGGUCAUUGACGAAAUGAAGUUGAAUAAUGUCGUUGCCGACUCCGUGACUCACACUGUGGUGAUCAAAGGGCUCUGCGAUGCAGGACAACUCGAGAAGGCAAAGGGUUUCUGGGACAAUGUAGUCUGGCCAUCAGGUAUACAUGAUGGUUAUGUCUACAGUGCAAUCUUUAGAGGCCUCUGCAAACUGGGGAAACUGGAACAGGCAUGCGAUUUCCUGUACGAGUUGGUAGACUCUGGAGUUUUUCCCGGUGUAGUGUGCUACAACAUACUCGUUGACACUGCCUGCAAGCAGGGAAUGAAGAAACUGGCUUAUCAGUUAGUGAAGGAGAUGAGAAGGAAUGGCCUUUCACCGGAUGCCGUAACUUGGAGGAUUCUUGACAAAUUGCAUCUGUAUGGCAAUGAAGAACACGGCAAGGAGCACCGGCCUCCCACCUGUAACAUGGACCAAAGUUCCGGAGAUGACAGAGUAGAGCCUCUCAUCUCGACCAAAAAUGAAAUACCUUCGUUGCUUUCAUUGUCGUCGUCAGAAUAUCUGGAUGAAGUACGCAAGAAUAACAAUGAUGGUAAGGUUGAACAAGUUGGAUACUUACCAGACACUACUGAGAGUUCAUCAGAUCUGACUGAGUCAGCCAAAGGGAAGGACUAUUUGAUGGACAAUGCAGCACUUGAAACAACAAUAGACAAGGUUUAUACAAUCAAGGACGAUGGCUUGACAAAGCAGGAUAAGCAACCUUCAAGAGAAUCGCUAUCUGCAGUGGCCAGGAAGGUUUUUGGCCUGCUCUAGAACGAGUGUUAUGGUUAGAAGGGGAACAUAUUAGAACAUUGUGCAAUCAAAGCUGAGUUACAACAACCAGCUGGAAAUUUAUAUGGCUGGAGCCUGCUCCGCAUGAUUGCUCUAGAACAAGUGUUACGGUUAGAAGGGGAAGAUAUUAGAACAUUGUGCAAUGAAAGCUUAGUUACUAAUACUAACUAAUACUAACAAUAACCAGCUGGAAAUUUAUAACGCUGGAGCUCGCCCGGCAUGAUUGAUUUUAGGAACUUUUGGAGAGUAAAGAACACCAUAUAUAGGGCCGUCAGCUUGCCUUCAGUUUGCAAAUGCUCGAUGCCAUCCGCUGCCAAGGCCUUGGCGCAGGCUCCUCAGAUUGGAGAAGAUCAAGAUGCAGUGGGCAUGUUCAGAGGGGCUUCAGGAAUUCAACCAUCCUUGUGAAAGUUCUAGGCACCUUUUAGAGUUUAAGUUAAGAGGUCCUUUACAUCAUCCAUUGUAAGAUCAACAGCACUGGCAACGAAACACUGAUAUCUAACUAAAUCUGUAGGCUGUACCUAAUUCCGAGAGGCGCAUUAUGAAUACAAAAACUUUGCACACAAUCUUGAAAUGCAGACAUGACAAAGCAAAUUUCACACAGGCACCAGCAUUACAAACAGCAACUGAAGAAAAAUAUCAAGAACAAUUCUCCAGAUUACUUUCUAGGUUCACAACAUAUGAAUUCAUUCAUAGUCGAGGCAACAAAAUAUAAGGAUUCUUAAAAUUAAACCAUCCAUGUUCACCAGAGCACAACACAAGAUAGGUGGAUAACUAGA